GGGAGGGAGACAGAAGGCCCGUUGGCGCGGAGGGAGAGGUGGAGAGCAAGUCUCGAGGAGUGUAGACAGUCAACGUGCGCGCGCGCGUUCUCUCCGCGCGGAGAUUUCCGAGUGUGGCCGAGAGAUCGCGAGGAGAGCGAGAGAGGAGCGACGACGAGAGCCUUCCUCACAACGCGCGAGCGCCGUCGUCAUCGUCGUCGGCCCCUUACCAUCCGAAGAACUGUGUGCUGUGAUUUAUCGUUGUGGGGCCCAAAACACGCGCAACAACGGACAACCCCACAGGACCGGGGGGUGCUUCUCGUGUCUCGGGAGGAAGGUCAGGGCCUGCACUGUUACCUAGGCUCUAAACAAGUCACAAUACGCGAGCUGCUUCCUCUCGAACAAUCGAUAAAUCCAAAAAGAGCAUAUCGCGCGCCCUUGUACACAAAGCAAACAUUUCAUCCUUCCUAUCACCGCCGACCAACAAACCUCGAUACUCCUAUUUUAAAAACCACCACUUCCACCCCACUGAACGAACGUUAAAAACACCUUUCCUGCGUGACGCGCUGUAAAUCCACACGAAACUAAAAGAUUCGAUGCCUUCCAGGGACGAUAAUCGCUCCCUAUCCACUGAGCAACGCUGGGUCCCUCCUUCAACUAUUAGACGCGAUGCGCUCACCCCAGAAAACAGAAGUGAUGUCCUCCACAGAAAGGUGCGGGGUAUUCUUAACAAGCUCACCCCGGAAAAGUUCGCAAAGCUGAGCAACGAAUUGCUCAAUCUUGAUCUCACUUCUCAUGAUAUUCUUAGAGGCCUCAUAUAUUUGAUCUUCGACAAAGCUCUCGAUGAACCGAAAUACAGUUCUAUGUACGCACAGCUGUGCAAGCGGCUGUCCGAAGAGGCUUCGAACUUGGAGAACUUGCAGAAGCAUGGCGGCAACAUCGGUCAUGGCUUCCACAGCCACAUCGGAAUCAACCAUCUCGAACUUGGCGAGAGCGACUCAGAGAGCAAAUUCACGCGUAUGCUGCUCAACACGUGCCGGCACGAGUUCGACAACCGCUCAAAGGCGAAUGAGGCAUACGAGAGCCUGGGGGAUCUCAGUCCGGAGGACGAGGAGCGCCGGCAGGCGUCCAAGCGCAAGAUGCUCGGCAACAUCAAAUUUAUCGGGGAGCUCGGCAAGCUUAAGAUCGUCGCUAACCCGACCCUUCACAAGUGCAUCCAACAGCUUUUGUAUCAUACGAGGCGCAGCGGAUCCCGGGGGGACCCCACCGAGGAGAUCGAGUGCCUCUGCCAGAUCAUGCGCACCUGCGGCCGCGUCCUCGACACGGACAAGAGUGCUCUGCUCAUGGAACAGUACUUCAGCCGUAUGAGCCGGAUGGCUAAGCGGGAGGACCUGCCACAGCGCAUCCGCUUUAUGCUGCGAGACGUGAUCGAGCUGAGGCUCAACGGCUGGAUGCCACGCAAGGCGACGAGCACCGAGGGUCCCAUGCCCAUUAACCAAAUUCGCAACGACGGGGACGAUCACUCACGGUCCGGCGGGGGCAUGGGUCCUGGUGGUCCAGGCGGCUAUUACGGCCGCAAUCGAGACGACGGGGGCCGCUCCAUGGGUAACGACUUCUUUCGGCGCAUGGGCCGGGUGAGCCUCGACGUUGAUAGUCUGGGCAUCAUACCGCUUAGCACGCCGGGCUUCGUCAGCUCGGCCUUCAGCCCCAAUGGCUUUCGUUCGGGCUCUCCGCCCGGUGUCGCUGGCUACGGUCGACACGGACAACGGGGCCAAUCGGUGGCCUUUUACCCCACCCAGAUCAAGCAUCCGAACAAUUACCAGGGCAAGCACGGCCAACAGCAGCACGGCUCGCCCCAGAAUUACAACAAUGGAAAUAAGGAGCCGGUGCGCUUCAACAAGAACAAAAUGCUUAUCGGUCCACCGGAGGAGGUUUCCCUUAGACCUUCGGCCAAUUCUAUGAUCUUCAAGCAGCCCAAUAUCAGCCCCAGUCUGCCGCUCAACAACAGUAGGUCUUUGAGACGCCCUCCUAGCACCCAGCCACCAGCCCCCUCUCACGCUCCCCUCUCACCCACAGGGAACCUGCCUAUUGGGGGGAUAGAGCUUUUUCCGGGUCGUAUCCCCGAGUCGCCGCUUAUCCGCGCGGCUGCGCUGCGGAAGCCGAGUCCGCCGCUUCUCUCCAAGGAAGCGCCCUCGAGCAUCGUGAUAAAGCAGGGUCCGCUAGAUAAGCGCGAGAAGGCCCGCGAGCGGAAGGACAAGGGCCCGACCAAGGAAGAGGUGAUGAAGAAGGUCAAUGCCAUGAUGGACGAGUACGUCGCACAGGGGAAUCUGACUGAGGCAGUUGCGGCUUUCAAGGAGCUCAAGAUACCCGAGCGUUUCCUACGCUACGCCGUCUGCACCGUCUAUUCUAGCAGUCUCGAGCGCAGCGACGCCGAGCGCAACCUCGCGGCCGACCUCGCCAGUCAGCUGCGCAAGGAGACUCUUUUCAGCGCCCAGCAGUACCACGACGGCUGGAAAGAAGUCGUGAACUCGAUGGCUGAGAAGGAAAGCGCGAUACCCUGUGUCGCCUCCCACAUUGCGCACCUGACCGCGCGCGCCAUUACCGACGGCAUGAUGCAGCUCGCCGACCUGGCUAACGUCACCGAGAACGGCCAGCAUUAUCCGCUAUUCCUUCUCACACUACAGCAGCUGCACAAGAGCCAGGGCAAGGCCGCGCUCACCCAGAUUUUCAACGAGAGCAAGCUCAAUCUCAUCAGCCAGUUGCCGGAGGCCGACAAGACCAAGGAACGCCUCGGUGAGAUCCUCGAGGACAGGGAUCUCACCUUCCUCUACCCGCUUUUGAGAAUUCAAGGCGACAUGUGGCGUCAGCUCGAGAGCGAUCCAGCGCCAAAUAGCCUCUACAAGUGGAUCAAGGAGAAGCUCGAUCUCUCGCACCAUUCCGAUCCCGGUUUUAUCAAUGCUCUUAUUACAGUUCUACUUAAAUACAUUACUCAGGAAACAACAUUCCCAUCUGGAACUAAUCCAUCCAUCAUCCCUGAGAAAGCAUUGCAAGAAAAAGAAUUAGCCUUGUUGGGUAAAUACCAACGAAUGCUACAGACACUUCUGCCAACCAUCGAAUCCCAGGUCACUGCCGUGCAUUCACUUCAAGUCUUUUGCUUGUCGCACAACUUUCCUAAGGGAAUGCUAUUACGUUGGUUUAUAGCACUUUACAAUCUUUCAAUUAUCGAUGAAGAGGCCUUCAUGCGUUGGAAAGAAGACGUCAACGACGCCUAUCCAGGGAAGGGUGAUGCCUUGUUCCAGGUGAAUGCCUGGUUAACAUGGCUAGCUGAGCAACCUUCCGAAGAUGAGGAUGAUGAAGACGACGAAAAAGGCGACAACUAAGAAGAGGAAGGAGCCCCAGAUGGGAAGCUGAACAUAAAAAUAUAUAUGAUUUGCGAUAGAUUUUUACUAUCUCAUAAUCUAACUGAGCCGAAGGUUUUGGUUUCAUCUAUUAUGUUGCCUCUAUCAAAAUAACAAGCCUCCUGUGAGCUUGUCAGUGCCCUCCAGUAAUAAAAAAUUUAGAAAUACCGUAAUGGCGAUAAUUGACGGACGCAAGGCAAAGCUUUAAAACAGUGAAAAAGACAGGGAAAAAAAAAUAGUAAACAAUAAAUGCUGAAAUCUGGAUCUAUGGGCGGUGCACGGCAAUAUCUGUGAGCAGGAAGUUUUAAUGUCCUAGAUAAUUAGAAUAUUGAAUAUUAUGAUUUAUAAUGAGAAGAAAAGAAAACAAAAUGAUAAUAAUGGGCCAGCAAAUGACUAUCCGCGCAGAAAAAAAACAACAUCGUUUAAGAUAGAAAAAUAAAAUGAAAAUAUGAAAAAACAUCAUAAACAAGGGGUUUAAAUGAAAAUAGGGUGAAACAGUAAAAAAAUUAAUCUGAUUUGUAUUGUCCGAGUUUUUGUCUAGUAUUGUGUACGUACGUGCCACGUUUUAUAAGUCUUUUUGUUUGCGAUCAGAAGAGAGCAGCCUGUUAUCUCUGUGUACCAACUUUUACACUUAAUAUGAAUUAUUACUGCGUAUUAACGUUAUUAACCAAAUGAAUUAUUUGAGAUAUUCACUCGUACGAAUGUCCAAACGAUUAUCGACUUUUUGACAAAUAAACUUUGAUCUUAAUCUCAAAGAGUGUAACCUUAAAAAAGAUGAUAGAAGUCGGCUGGCUGGUGACUAAAGACGCUUCAAAGUACUGAAAAACAAUUAUGAUGCUUUGAAUGUUUUGCCUUUGAAGUGGUAAAUGUGGAAAAUACAUUACUAAUACUUGCUGCAUCAUUGCACCAAAACGUAAAAGGAGAAAACCGUAAAUACACAAGAAUGCGAUUAACUAAUUACUAAUGUAAUAACCAGCAGCCAACGUCACAUCCAAAUAAAAAAGAAAACUACAUAACGAAAA